GUGAUCUUUAUACCGUUUGUUACGGUAUUAUUUUCAUUUCAUUCAUCGUAAUCCGGAGGUGUAGGUGUCGUAGUUUUUCGUAGUGUGGAAAAAAUAAAUCUAAGACUAUCAAUAAAUCCCAAUGCAUAAAAAAUGUUUUGCUGCAGCUAAUUAGCAUACAGCUGUGGCACUGUUUUUGCCCUGCUAAACUAAGGUUUUCAUAAUACGAGAGUGAAUGACUGCAGUAUAAAUUGAAGUGCGAAUUUUGGUUGGUCAUAACAGCAUUGGUAGUGAAACAAGCAGUAAAAAGUCUUAUCAGACAGCGGCCACUGUUGUAGGUGAUAGGCGAGCAGUGUGUUUGCCAAAAUCGAAGUAACUUCCAAAUGCAGUUAAGUAGUGGUCCACCCACAAAUAGACAUUGAAACAAGUAGCUCAAACACGAACGGUGUCGAAGCGAUGCUUCUCCAUGGGGUUAAAAUUAAACAUCGCGAAUAGGAAACCUGAAGUGCACCGGUGACAAUGGAAUGUCGUCCAACCUAGCAAGUGUGGGAUUUAUCGUGAAUGUAAAAACUCUGCAUUGGACUGCCAGAGCUCUUUGCUACCAAUUGGGCUUGGUAUUGUGAAUCGGAUUUCGUGCGAAAACAAGUGGUGGGCCGUCACGGCGCCAGAUAAACUACCUAUAGGUACCGGCGUAAAGCCAUUGCAUUCGCAUUAGCAGUGUCUGUACUGUAUGUCAACUGCCCAGCACACAGCUGUCGGUCGCAGAGAUUGUUACUAAAACAAAUAAAUAAUAAUCACACGGACCGGUCGGUCACGGUGAACAACAGGCAACACAAGAAUGGCAGUGUCGAAAUUCAGUGACGUGGACGAGUAUGGAUUCAAACGCGAGCCGGACUUCGACUAUCAAUCGUACGAGAACAUCAUGUCCAGCUACUACACGGUGCUCACGACACGGAGCAUAAAGUGGCAAAAAUUCGCCAAGAAUGGCAACAUCCUUGGAGAUCCACGCCGGCUCAAGCGGUUCGUGCGCAAGGGCGUUCCGGGUCCUCUGCGGGAAGAAGUAUGGAUGAAAUCCUCCGGUGCCCACGGUAUGCAGCAGAAGGAACCGGCGCUCUACCAGACUCUGCUGCGGUACGAGUUUGACCAGGAAAUUUCGGAUCAAAUCAAAAUCGAUCUUCCUCGUACGUUUCCGGACAACAUCCAUUUCGAACAGUACAAACUAGGUCUGUACAACGUACUGAUAACUUACGCACAUCACAACAAAUCGGUCGGUUACUGCCAGGGACUGAACUACAUUGCCGGUCUAAUUCUAAUUGUUACCAAAAACGAAGAAUCAACGUUCUGGCUGCUCAAAGUGUUGGUGGAAAAUAUUGUGCCGCUGUACCACACAAGAAAGAUGGAAAACCUUAUCACGGAUAUCGAUGUUCUUAGCGAAUUGAUAAAAGUACGAGCGCCCGAUGUACAUAAGCAUAUAGAAAGUUUAGGACUGCCUUGGCCUGUGAUAGCAACCAAAUGGCUAAUUUGUUUGUACGCCGAAGUGGUCCCCACGGAGACGGCACUCCGAAUUUGGGAUUGCGUAUUUCUGGAGGGGAACAAAAUUUUACUGCGCGUCGGUAUUAGCAUUGUGAUCGGUUUGAAGCAGGAGAUCCUCGCUACGGAUGACAUAUCCACCUUAAUCGGCCUGUUUCGGGCGUUGGAGAAAAACACCACGCUGAUGGAUUGUCAUCGGUUUAUGAGAAGUAUUUUUAAGCUGCCUGGUAGCUUGAAACGCUCCCAAAUAGAUGCCUUGCGAAGGCAUCUGUUCGAACAAAGAAAGGCUAGCAAACGGAAAGGUUCCUAGGGUUUGGAGGACUAUAUCCUUAAGAGAUAUAGACUAAAUUUGGUGUGAAAGAAGGGCUGUACCAUCAAGUAUUGUGUUAUUUGCAACGCAAGAAAUUAGAGCAACUAUGUAAAAAUAAGCAAAAAAAGAACAAUUUCCUUGUAAAGAAAUGAUUAGUGACAACUAACUAGAAAGUAACAGAACAAUAUAUUUUGGUCAAAAUGUAGACUCGAGCUUAUGCUGGUGUUCUAGUUUAUCCUGAGUUCUGAUAAAACUGUACGCUUUGCUUAUUAUUUCCUCAGAACUCAAAGCAGUAAUUCUGACCAAAGUGGUUUUAUCAACGUAUAGAAUGAAGGUGAAUAUUUAAUUAAGUUGAAUGUGUUCCUGAAUUACAUUGCUCGCUUGUUCAAUAGUCCUAGGCACUAACAAUAAAAUCGUACGACCAAUUCCAGUGCCCUAUAAAUGGCCUUGAUAAUGUAGUUUGUUGAAAAUUGUUGUAGAAAUAUUUCAUAAGUUGCGGUGAAACAAUACGAUGUCGUGUUCAAAAGUUUUUCAAACAAAUUUCCAGCACAAUAUUAUCUUCGACCGGAUCGAGAAUCGAGCCCGAUAUCAAGUUACUGCCUGCAUUAGGUUUAAUCGUACACUAGCAGUCACUCCAACACUGAGCUUUGAUAACUCUAAUACGAAUGCGAUUAGUUUUAUGUAAGCUCAAUAUUACUAACUCUUAAAUUAGUGCAAUUGUUAGAUUUCAUUUUGAACUUAUUUUAAAAAUUAUUAUUGAACAUAUCUAACCUAAAUAGGUAUCAAUCGAAACAGACACAACCAUGUCUCUUCGUCACGGUAAAGUGUAGCAAAUAUUGUUCAUAUCCAAAAACAUUUUUCUGCGAUAAAUCAUUGAAUAUUGCUUUUUGACAUUUAGACUUAGAUUGAAUCAAAAGAUUUUUCACAAGAUUAUCAAGUAACUUGAUAAAUACAGUAAAACAUACAUACCUACCAUGAUCAAAUAGGGUGACCCGUUUGUAGCAGCUUACCUUGAUACUCAUUUGACAUGGUUUUUUUUUUGCGAAUGAUUAGAAAAUUUUUGGCAGCUCUCAGUAUUGAUUUUACUGCUUAUACUUCUAUUGCCUUUUAAUUUUACUUAAAGCAUUUUAAAACAGUGCUAACUUUGAUAACUUUAAUUUCCGCGAAAAAUCGCGAUAACAAAGAGCACAAGCCGCGACGUAUACCUAUGUCCACUUAGCCUAAAGGAUACUAUCAGGAAGGAUGACACUAUCGUUUCCUCAGUAUGACUUCUUCCAAGCGAAACGCAUAUCAGCUAUAGACACAAAAUAGAGUUGCUCUGUAGACAAAAUUUGUGAAACGAUGUUGAUUCUUUAGGAGACAUUUAAUCGGAAUAAUUAUAAAUUACUUUCGUGUAUCUCAGUACAAUUAUCGAAUGUACGAGGAAACGAGAAAAUGUUCGAUUAAGAUUACUAAUAUUUUUGUAAGAAACUUGCAUGGAACGUUUUCCCCAUUUCCUCGAAGAUUUAAGCUGCUUCUAUAUUUUGUUCACUGAGGUGUUAGCUCUGUAGUCAUUGAAGUUGUAGUUUUCUAAUCGAGUAAAAUAUACAAAUAGGUAGUGUACAA